GCGACGACCUAUUGCCAUUCCCACCGGUCGGGCAACAUAACGUAUCGUGUUUAUACGCGCCGCCCGAGUAUCAGUCGCACACGUGAUUCGUGAAUUUAAAAAAAAUAAAAAAUUUAAAUGUUUUAAGUGUUUUGAAUUAAUUGGACGUAUUUACGAGCAUCUGCUUAAUAAUACAAUUAAAAGCGUGGAGGGUUAUUUUUGUUCAUAUUUUUACGAAAAAUUUUUAACCAUCAUGAUUAGAAUCGAUCUGAUCAAUUUCGUUGUACUUGGAUUAUCCUGCAGUCUUGCAUUGGCGGCUCCUUACAACAUACGAAACUUAAACGACGCCGUGUUCUCCAAUCCACUAGGGACAAAACAGUGUAAAGUUUCAGGAGUGCUUUAUAAUCACAGUCAAAAGAUACUGUUUACCGACCACUGUAAAGCAUGCAUUUGCAUCGACGGUCAAAUAUUUUGCUAUUGGCAAUGCGACGACACAGCUCCUGCAGACACAAUGAUCGAAGAGUUCGACGGCGAACCGCAAUCCACGUCCACGACAAACAUAAUAUUGACUACAUUCGAAACCGAUGCGAGUUCGAAAUCAACAAACUUUGUACCUCACUCGAGUCCCUCAGACGUUUUGCAGACAACCACCGUGACACCCAACGAAGACACCGAGGCAUUUUGUCUCGUUAUGGGAGUUAGAUAUAAGCCCGGUAGCAUUUUACCGAGGGACGCGGGAUCCUGUUUGGAAUGCCAGUGCGGCCAAAACUCGCAGAUCGCAUGCAGCCCAAAGGACUGUAUUACGUUGAAUUCGUUAAGCGACGAGGAUACCUCCGAACCGGAAUUCUACGGCAACAAUAAUGGCGAACAGAACAACGGCAAUUUCAAUAUGGACAUGUUUGCCGUCAACGUCGUUUGAUGGAAAUGGACAAGAGAGCUAGAAAGAGAAAAUUUUAUGUAUAUUAAAUGAUGUGUCUUUUACGAUCAAUAUGCGAUUUGUUUGAUUAAAACAGCUAUAAUAUUACUACCAUUGUAAUGCCCGCCAAAAAUGUAAUAGUAAUAAUUAUUAUUAUAUUAUUCCCAUAUUAUUAAUUAAAUAGUUAUGUUUUUUCGUUUUAUAAUUUUUGAUUUGAGUU